GUGUGAGCAAGAAGACUAUAAAGUUUCUGAGACGCGCAUUACAUCUGAGUUCAUUCGGUGUGUGUUGAUAGUGAGUUUGAAUGGACGGUUGCAGUAAGAGAGGUGGCUGGGUUAAUUUGGAAGGGGGCGUGUAUUCAUCUAGUGUAUUAUAAUAUAUAUUUAAAAAAAGCACUUUAGCGUAACUAAUUUGUACGAAGAUCGAAAACUAUGGUUAUCACCAGUACCAUGAAGAGCAAAAAUUCAGAAUGCAUUUCAGAGCUAAUAGACCGGAGAUGUGACCAAGCACAGAUAGACGAAGAAUUGGACUACUGGGAUCAUGGCCUUAUUGAGCCCAAUCUGAAUGGAGAGGUGUUUGAGGAGAGAACCUGCCAGAAUUUGGCCAAGAUGUUUGAGAACUGCCUAUCCCGAGCCAAGAAGACCAAACUGCACUGUUCUGAGGUUCUGGUCCCCGAGACGCUCACUAGGAGGAUAGCUCGGGACGUCCUGCGGCUGUCUUCUGGUGAGCCCUGUGGCUUACGGGGCUGCAUCCUGUAUAUCAAUCUGGAGGUCGAAAAUGUGUGCAAAAAACUGGACCGGAUAAUCUACGACUCCACGGUGUUGCCCACAUUUGAGCUGACCCUGGUGUUCAAACAGGAUGGCAAUGCCUGGCCGAGCCUUAGAGACUUCUUCCUCAUCGGUGCUUGUUUCACUCCUGGGUUCCGGCAUGCUCUGAAGCUGAGCCCUGGGUUUAGACUGGUUAAAAAGAAACUGUAUUCCCCGUCGGCUGGUACCGUUGUAGAGGAGUACUGAAACUUCACGCACUUCUAAGUUCGGCAAAACCUGACUGCAAAAACCACAUGUUUUGAGAUGACAUGUGGUCUUUAAUAAAUUGUUUUGUAUUGCAUCUUUUGGGGGUGGGUGGGCAGCAUUGCAAAGAAUUGUCACUUUAUAUAGGUGGGCCUUCUAAUGGAUUUCACCUUUCACAUGUGUGGUUGGUCCCCCCCCCCCCCCCCCCAUACAUUAAUAUAAGCUUUAGUAUGGCAGCUUUAUCAUUUGUCCAUGGGUGGUAUAACAACUGAUCAACAUGUGUGCUGUUCUGUUGGAGAUUGUUCUAAAUCUGUGUUGUCCUUGUAUUUCAUUUUAAGCACACUACGCAACCAACCCUACACACACUUCUUUUCAGUGGGCCUACUUGAAUGACUACCAUGUUCACCCCAUGACUGGAUUUUAGGUGGCUGCUAACUGUAUUUAAAUGGAAGCAGACACGAUUUAUUUGUUAUAUGAAACAUUUGUGGAGUUGGUUCCAUCUAAAAUUAAAGGUGCAAUAAUUGCUAAUUUGGUAUGUACUGCGUUUCAUUUUUAAUGUUUUCUUGACACCUGUGAGUCAAGUUCAUGCCUUGAAUGAGUCACUGACUUAGCUUUGAACUAAAAUUGCCCUUGUUGAGCUACUUUGGAUUGGGUAAAUGUCUUCUAUAUUUACAAAUUGAUUUGAUAUGGGACGAUUGCAUCUUAAGUUCAACAUUAACCUUGUAUCUGUUUGCUGUUUCAGUGUAUGCAAACUGCAGGUCUGCCAGAAAUUGCCUUGCAUCUGAUUGUGGUCAAUAGCAUUACUUUUCUUUAAGAAGCUUGGCUUGAAAUUAAUGUUAAAACACUGGAAGCAGCUAAUGUCAUGCACUAGGGAAGGCAAAGAUGUGGAUUUCUGUCUCCAACCCUCCCCCAUGUUACUAGCUAACUCCUAAUUAGUGUUUACUAUUGGGGAAGAUAACUUUAUCUUGCACAGUAGUCAAGUGGGCUCGCAGAACAUAAUUUCUAUUUAAAAUUUGAACUGUUGGCACAUGGGUCACUCUAAACAAAUAGCUGGGCCACCAGCCACCUCCUGAUGUGUCUGUAUUUGGCACACUUCAUUUCCCACAGUUCUAAAACACCGUGCCUUUACAUUAAUGAGGUCAGUGAAGAAUAAGGCAAAUUAUGGUUUUGUAGCUCCUUUUCACUUUACUGUUUGCACUUUGUAUGGAUUUGUAAUUUUCUUUUUGCCUUGGCGAUCAUUGCACUAUUGGAAAACUGUCAUUGUAGUGCUCCAGGGAUGUUUGUACACUUUCCAUUUUUACAGAUGUCAAGAUGCCUUUCCAAGGUGUUUACUGCUGCAGUGCUGUUACUCUACAGCUGGAGCCUAUAUUUUUAAGCUUAACUGCCUGUUAAAGGAAGACCAAUAUUUGUCUUUUUGACAAUA